AUGCAUCACCCGAUGCAAGUGCUACCUAUGAACAAGACGUUUGUCGAAUCUGUCCGCGGGAAUAGAGCUCAUCACUGUGGCGGGCUUCGUGAGAAGGCCAUGCGUCUCUCCAACCAGAUCUUUGGCUUCCCUGCGCUGGACGCUCUCCCACCGUCCCACCACGCUCAUGCUGUCCCGCCCCUGCCUCAAGUCCCGAAUCCUGAACCCGGGCGUGUCUCCAUCCUGCCCUACAUCGGCACGCCGAUCGCACUCGACAAUGCUCACACUAAUGAACACAGCGCCGACACCAAAGAGGAAGGCGCUGGAGCUGCGGUCGCCCACGACGUUGCUUAUGCCGAACCUCUGCGCAAGCUGCCGUCUGGCUUAGGGUACACACCCGAGAUGGGCCCUGUGCGUAUUGUGCACAUGAAUGGCGAGGAGGGGUAUGGCCCCAGAAUGCGCUUCCGCCACCGCCGCGGACCUUUCCUCCGCCGCAUCCACUUUGCGCUGAUGGCGCUCGGUCCUUGGGAGGGUAGAGCCGUUGCCUUUGUACUCGGAUGCGGUAUAGGCGUCCUCCUCCGCAUGGUGUGGGUCCUCGGCGUUGUGGUUGCGCGCUCACUCAGCGGCCGCCGCACCGAGGAGCCUGCCGAGUCCGUCUUCGAUAUUGACGCUGAGGAUAUCCUCGUCCCUCCGCCGCAGUACACUGACGAGAAAGUUGCACUCAUCGCUGCGGAGCAGAAGAUUACCCCUACUCCCCAGGCUUAG